AUGUGUUUAUUGUACUGCGUGUCUGCGGACCUGUGCAGUUCAAACACGGGUCAGCUGUAUAUUCUUGGGCAGCACCUGACAUUCUGCCUCCAGACGCUGAGCCGGGCCCCAGACGUGUGGACCGUGGCCUGGGAGGAUUCGGUUGGUGAGGAGACGCCAGUGGAUGCUGUGUUGGGAGCCGCAAGCUGGCAGGGUCUCCUGACCAGCAUGGGCUGGGAGGACUGGACAUCUGGCUGCCUCCACGUCCAUCCCGGGUCCCCCAAGCUGCUUGUCGUGUCUCUCUGGGCCCAUCGGACCACGUGGGGUCCCGGAGUCCAGGCGGGUGACGGCUGGAACGACCACGCGGAAUUCACGUGGCCCCUGGGAACCAGCAGCAGCUGA